GGAGGAAGAGUGAAGGUGGCCCUGUAAGGGACUUCCAGCUGGGAAUGAAAAGUACGGUGAGCGAGAUAAAAACAUCUCUUAGCUAUUGACUGGAUGCCCAAGAGGGAAAACCGCAGGCUCCAAGAAGCAAGCAUGCGGCUGGAGCAGGAGAACGAUGACCUUGCCCAUGAGCUCGUAACAAGCAAAAUUGCCUUACGGAAUGACCUGGACCAGGCCGAAGACAAAGCGGAUGUUUUGAACAAGGAACUUCUCCUGACCAAGCAGAAGCUGGUGGAGACUGAGGAAGAGAAACGGAAGCAGGAAGAGGAAACUGCUCAGCUGAAGGAGGUCUUCAGGAAGCAGCUGGAGAAGGCAGAAUCUGAGAUCAAGAAAACCACAGCCAUUAUUGCAGAGUACAAACAGAUCUGUUCCCAGCUGAGUACCAGGCUGGAAAAACAACAAGCGGCCAGUAAGGACGAACUGGAAGUUGUGAAGGGCAAAGUGAUGGCCUGCAAACACUGCAGUGAGAUUUUCAGUAAGGAGGGAGCGCUGAAGCUGCCUGCUGUGAGCAGGGAGAAUAAAGGCCUGGAAACGGAUGACGAGAAGGAUGCCCUGAAGAAGCAGCUGCGAGAGAUGGAGCUGGAACUCGCACAGACCAAACUGCAGCUUGUGGAAGCCAAGUGCAAAAUUCAGGAGCUGGAGCACCAGAGAGGAGCCCUUAUGAAUGAAAUCCAAGCUGCCAAAAACUCUUGGUUUAGCAAAACCCUGAACUCGAUCAAAACGGCGGCAGGCACGCAGCUGCCAGCGCAGGCUCAGCCGCCCGUACCACCCAAAAUGCAAGUAGUGCAGUUCUUUGUAGCACUGUUGUUUAACGGCUAUUUACAGCUGAACUGGAAUUUAACAUAA